AUGGUCGGGCCCCUAUUCAGUGGAGGCUCUACGAAAGAGCAUUCCAGGUGGAUUCCGACAACCUCGCGGCGUCGGCCUAAAAAGAAUCGGCAUGGUGAAGUUACGACUUCUUGCAGAACACUCAUAGAGGACCUCAUCCGAUUGGAUGUAGACGAGGAGGAGGAUGAGCCCACAUCGCCUCCGGACAAGAUCAGCCCACCAAGGAGAGGGGGCAAGAGUGCCCGUGGGGGCCCUGGAGUGUCAAAGGGCUUCAUCCAAUCUCUCUUGCGGUCGGCAGAGGCUCGUCGUAGGCGUAAGUAUGAGGUAUACAAGGAGGCGGUGGAGAAGCGUGAGGCUGAUGCUGAGUACAUCAGAGAGAAGGUUGAACGGUACAAGGCAAGGCGCGAGGAACGAUUCCAGCGCUUGUUGAAGUCCUUAAAUGCCCGCAGUAAACUCAAGGACGACGUCACGAACCUCCUCCAAACACAUUCUAACAUUGAGGAGGAGAAGCGGCACACUGUGUGGAAGAGUUGGACUGACAAUAUAUGGAAGAAAAUACAACGCCAGUGCGACCACCUGCUGAACCGGGUGGAUAAGAACCUUGAGAUCCAUCUAAGUGGAUCCAAAUCUGUCACAUUCUCAAUCAGUGAUGAACCAAUGGUAGCGUCCGUCGAUGUGUCGUCGGACCCUACCAAGUCGAGCCUCUAUGAUACGGCCGUGGAGAACAAGUUCCGACGGUCAAGUCAGCUGGCACUGAGUAGUGGUGACCCCAACGUGUCCAUGGUCCAUCCGAUGGCCAGCACAAUGCUCGACAGUGCUCACAGUGAAAGGUACGCGACGGAGUGUCCGAGCGGAGACUACCUUCAUUCGUUGGCACGGCCGUCUUCGAUCGACCCCUUGAGUAGGCAAGGGAGUGUAUUGAGGAAGCACAGGAGCCGGCCUGUAUUGGAGCCGAUGGACUGGGAUCCUGUUAGGUUGAAGUCAACGUCAUGCGGACAGUUGGCAAGAUUGAGCCUCCCUCCCGGAGGCGAAAGACUGCACAUUAGACCGUCAAAGCGUAUGGACGGUUUCAUUGACGCUAAUGAAAUGCAGGAAUCAGCAGCAGGCUUGAGGAGAACUAGGGACCGCCAUAGGGACCUCGGCAUUCUGCUUCCCGGGAAGCCCUUCGUUCGUAAAGAGGGCCAAUCUGCCUUGUACAAGGAUAUGGUGACCUACGCUUCUUGUGGGGCGCCUUGCCAGAGCCACUACCACUUUCCAACGUCGAAGGCCUCAGUUGAUCGAGAGUUGCCAUUAGGGAAGAAGAUAUGGAAGACUCCGCCGGGAUCAGUGCCGUUCUAUCUCACUCAUGAUAGGAAGAAGCAUCGAAAUUGA